AUGGUGGCGGCGGGCUGCGGCGGGGUCUGGUGCCGAGCGCGGCAGCGCUGCGCGAGGUGGCCAGGGCCCGGGUCCCGUCCUUUUCUCCGCGCGCAAAGGGCUGUCGUCUGUAACGCGAGAGGCGGGGCAGUGUCGGCGGGGAAGAGCGGCCUUGCUCCAUGGAUACCAGUUGUGGGUCUGGAAAUUCAUGCACAGAUCAGUUCCAACUCAAAACUCUUCUCUGGUUCCCGAGUCCAGUUUGCAGCACCUCCCAACUCUUUGGUAUCUUUCUUUGAUGCCUCUUUACCAGGAACUUUACCAGUUCUCAAUAGGAGAUGUGUAGAAGCAGCAGUGAUGACAGCCCUGGCUCUCAACUGCCGCAUAAACAAGAAGUCCUUGUUUGACAGAAAACACUACUUUUAUGCAGAUCUGCCUGCUGGCUAUCAAAUCACUCAGCAAAGAGUUCCUAUUGCAGUGAAUGGAAGUCUGUCAUACAGUCUCUGCAUAGACAACAAGAUGAGCCAGAUGGUGACCAAAACUGUAAGGAUUAAACAAAUUCAGUUGGAGCAAGACAGUGGAAAAAGUCUCCAUGAUGACACAAGGAGCCAAACCUUUGUGGACUUGAAUAGGGCUGGAGUCGGUCUCAUGGAGCUUGUCAUGGAGCCUGAUAUGUGCUGUGGGGAAGAAGCAGCUGCAGCAGUCAGAGAGCUUCAGCUCAUUCUGCAAACACUUGGGAGCAGCCAGGCAGUCAUGGCAGAGGGUCAGCUGAGAGUGGAUGCUAAUGUUUCUGUGCAUCACCCUGGAGAGCCUUAUGGAGUGAGGACUGAAGUGAAGAAUAUCAAUAGCAUACGAUUUCUGGCAAAAGCAGUAGACUAUGAAAUACAGAGGCAAAUUCAAGAACUUGGAAAUGGAGGGACAAUUUUGAAUGAAACAAGAGCCUUUGAUUCCAAGCUUGGGUGCACAGUACCAAUGAGAGACAAAGAAGGAAAACAGGAUUAUCGGUUCAUGCCAGAGCCAAACCUUCCCCCAUUGAUUCUGUAUGAUGCAAAAUCUUUGCCAGCUAAUAUGAACCAUCAGCAAGUGAUAAAUAUUGAUUGGAUUCACGAGAGACUUCCUGACCUCCCCAGUGUGAAGAGAGAAAAGCUUGUUGAACAGUAUGGGAUUCUUCCUGAACACAGCUUCACCUUAUUGAGUGAAGAUGGCCUAGCAGAAUUCUUUGAAAGUGUGGUAAAACAGACCCAAAUGAAGCCAAAGAAGGUGAUUGGCUGGAUUCUAAACGACCUGCUCAGUUACUUGAAACAACAUUCCCUUACAGUAAAGGAAAGCCCAGUAAGUUCUUUUCUCCUGGCUGACCUCUUGAACCUGCUAGAAAAAAAAGAAAUUUCUUCUACAGCAGCAAAGCGAGUGCUUGCAGAAUUGUGGAAGGGAGAAGGGAAGACUCCCCUUGAAACUGUUAAAGAACAUAAACUUGAGCUGUUACAGGAUCAAAAAGAACUUGAGCAGAUCUGCCAGGCAGUGAUUGAUGGACAAGAAAAUGAGGUUAUGGCGAUAAAGGCAGGAAAUCGAAAAGUUCUAAAUAAGUUAAUUGGUCUGGUACAAAAGAAAACACAAGGACGGUCCAAUCCUGUUCUGGUGAAGCAAUUAUUAGAGAAGAAGCUAUCAGAGUAGCCACAAGAGAAAAAGCACACAAGCAACUAAUGAAACAUGUGCUUCGUUUUGACUGCAGAUGAACUUCAGUGUCCCCUUGUGCAGCAUCGUGCUUGUUGGUUAUACUUCAAGCAUCUUGAAGUCCCAGCCUUCCCUGGAUGCAUCAGCCAAAGGCAGAUAGGCCAGAGAAAAGCAGGAUACAGCCAUUUGCAUCUCCUAUGCUUUGAUGUGGCACUUGGAAACAUGAUUUCCACUCAGUUUUGGGAAACAAGCUCCCAGGGGUGUCUGUGAGACAUGAAUGCAGAGAGCUGAAACUGCAUAGGUUAGUUUUCUAAUACACUGGGUAUAAACUCAGUUUUUCUGUCUGCCUGUUUGUGAGGAGAUUCACAAUCUGAAAUACUCAGUCUGAGCAUGCACACUGUAACUCGCUGUCAGUGUAAGCGCAACAGUAACAAUGAUUAAAAGACCCAGACGUAAUUGAGGAGACCAGGUGUGUGUCAAUGCCUAAGAGAAGGGAAAAGAAAGUUCACUACUAUGAUUCUUCCUGGUUUCUGAGGAAAGGGGAAAGGAUGAAGCCAUGAGCUGCUUAACUGUGUGCCUGAGGCUAGUGCCAUAGACAGAAGUGUCAGCAUCUCACCAUGCAACAUCACUGCUUGCUUUCUCCCAGUUCUGCACCCACAUACCUGCUGUGCCUGCUCUCAGUUCUGUGGAGUGCCUGAGGGGUGUGUGUCUGAGCCCUUCUGAGGGUCACACUGCAUUCUGGCCUCAAGAGGUUCACAAAAGCAGAUGUGCUUCUGUCCGCCCUCUGCAAUCUACAGCAGAAGUAGUAGAAUCAUAGAAUAGCUGAAGUUGGAAGGCACCCACAAGGGUCAUUGGAGUCCAGCUCCUGGCCCUACAUAGGACGUCCUCAGCUUGGUUUUUUUUCUCUGCAGGCAAGAACUUGGCCCCAAAUACAAAUGCCCAAUGACCAGGGCUGCUGCUUCUCUGGCACAUGGUUUUCUGGCACCAGGUUCCCCUGCACCUGGAACUGCAUUGCUUUGGGGAAGGAAUGGAGCAUGCAGUUGGCUUACUAAAACUGAGCUGGAUUCGGCUGGGGUUCAGUCCUUCUCCACUACUUAAUCCUAAGGUGUAAAGGACCCCCAAAAGAAUUUCUAACUAAAAAAUGCAACCCCUGUUUUGUUCCCUAAGGCAACCCCGUGUUUUUUUCCAGCCUUUUGGUCACU